CUCCCGCAGCUUCCUACACCUCCGCCAAUCCUCUUUCUUUCCCUCGCUCUGUCCAACCCAGUCUCCAAUCUCUACCAUCGCCCAUUACAUUCAUCAUGUUCGCUGCUAGGCAAGCAUUCUUCCAGGCCCAGCGCCGCUGCUUCUCCGCCUCGGCCCGCCAGAACUCAAAGGUUACCGUUCUCGGUGCCGCUGGUGGCAUUGGCCAGCCAUUGUCGCUGCUGCUGAAGCUCAACCCCAGGGUUAGCAAGCUCGCCCUCUACGAUAUCCGCCUUGCUCCCGGUGUCGCUGCCGACAUUGGCCACAUCAACACCAAGAGCGAGGUCACUGGCCACGAUGCCACCCCCUCCGGUCUCGCCGACGCCCUCAAGGGCGCUGAGAUUGUUCUCAUCCCCGCUGGUGUUCCCCGCAAGCCCGGCAUGACCCGUGAUGACUUGUUCAACACCAACGCCUCCAUUGUCCGUGACCUCGCUAAGGCUGCCGCUGACCACGCUCCCGAUGCCAACAUCCUCAUCAUCUCCAACCCCGUCAACUCCACUGUCCCCAUCACUGCCGAAGUCUUCAAGGCCAAGGGCGUCUACAACCCUAAGCGCCUCUUUGGUGUCACCACCCUCGACGUUGUCCGUGCCUCGCGUUUCAUCUCCCAGCUGAAGAACACCGACCCCGCUACCGAGAACAUCACCGUCGUUGGAGGCCACUCUGGUGCUACCAUUGUUCCCCUCCUGUCGCAGUCCGGCUACAACCUCGAGGGCCAGAAGCUCGACGACUACGUCAGGCGCGUUCAGUUCGGUGGUGACGAGGUCGUCCAGGCCAAGGACGGUGCUGGCUCUGCCACUCUCUCCAUGGCCAUGGCUGGUGCCCGUUUUGCCGAGUCGCUGCUCAAGGCUGCUCAGGGUCAGAAGAAUGUCAUCGAGCCCACAUUUGUUGACUCGCCUCUGUUCAAGGAGCAGGGCUGCGACUACUUCGCCUCCAACGUCGAGCUCGGCCCCAACGGUGUUGAGAAGAUCCACCCUGUUGGCAAGAUCACCGACUACGAACAGAAGCUCCUCGAUGCUUGCGUCACUGACCUCGCCAAGAACAUCAAGAAGGGUGUUGACUGGGUCAAGCAGAACCCAUAGAUUGGGGAUUUGAGACGCGGACAAUGAAUGUAUACUAGUAAUGACAUGAGCUUUUGGACGAGCUAUUUGAGCGGAUUGGGAUUUUGUAGAUUUUAAUCUGUAUCCCAACAUGCUAAAAAAAUCUCCUCUUGAUUGUUUUGACUGCCUGGUGCAUUAUGGUGACCGUAGUGAUCCAAUGGGCCUGUGUGAAAAGAUGCAACAACAUGAUUAAAAAAAUUACAUCGAUCUUACCAACAUACACAUGUUGAAAUUUGGGAACAGAAAAAAAGGAAGAAGCGAACAAGGACAA